UAGAUUAUUCAUAUGACGCAUAAAUGGCUCAUUUAUGCGCUAUAAUGGUCUAAAAAUGACGUAAAUAUGAUCAUCCGAAACAAUCAGUUAGCAAAAUGGUGUUAAAAUGACUCAUAAAUGUGCUAUAAAUGACCUAAAUAUGAUCAUAAUUCGAUAGUCAUUUUAAGAUAAUAUUUAGCUCAUCGAAAAAUGGCCUUAGAAGAGUUAAAGCAUGAGACAAUACUGGGCUUAAAAUGAGCUAAAUGUGAUCAUAAAUAACCUUGAAAUAGAUCAUAAAUAAACAAUAAAUCACUCAUAUAUAGAUCAUAUUUAAGGUCAUUUUCAUCGCCCUGGGUAGUCUAAGUAUUCUGUUGAAUAUAAAACUAUAAAAAUGGUUUGAUUGACGCCACUUUUGUGGUAAGACGCUAAAUAAUUAGUGCAGAACUAGAAUUGUUCAUGAGCGACAUCUUUGUCAUAAAUGAGUUGUGGCAGAGUUUAGAUCGAUCAAUGUGAUUGGGAAAUUUUGCUUCUAUUCAUAUCAAUCGUCACUCGUCAGCUGAUUAAAGACAUUCUUUUUUUUUUCUCUUGUAACUUUUCCAAAAAAUAUGAUAGCAUUCUUAUAUCUUCUAAUAUAAGAAUGAAAGUGUCAGAACGUUUUAGUGUUGCCGUCCUCCUACUCUAUCGUUUCUUAAUACAGCUUCAUAUUUUCUAUUUCACUGUAUUAUAUAUUCUAUAUCACUUACAUCAUGUGUAUAGGAUCAUACAGUACAGCUAUAAGAGCUACCGAGAUGGCGAAAAAUAUACCCUGAGUUUUAUUUUUAAUGUAUGUUUUUCACUAUUGAUGCUAGAGAGUCAGUUCAAACGCCAUUCCACAGAGCAGAUAUUUUUUAACAUUACUAAAGAAAGGUUAGUCUUGAAAUAUAGCCAACACUUUUUUUCAGAGCAUAACAAAGCCGAAUUUUUGUUGUGAAAAAUCAAAAGUUUCCGAGACAUGCAGAAAAAUCUCUCUGUUUUAGGGUUCUUAGAAAAAUGCUUGUAGCUUUUGAUUGGAAUAUUGCACAGCUGAGCAACGUCCCAUGUUGAAGAUAACACUUUUCUCUAUAUGAAUAAGUAUUUUUUGCAGCGUGAACAAUGAAAAAUUAGGAGCUGAAGUCAUGGACGUGCCGGGAAAAACUUUUAUGUGGGGCAAUGAAUUUUUUAGAGUACUACAUACACAAAUGUGCUUCCCUUCAUAAUUUUGGACCGUGUUAACAAAAUUUUUCCUUCAUUUAAAUUGUAUAUCAAAUUUUUCGAUCAAGAAUUGCUCUUUCUUUAUUUUGAACUUCGGACAGAUACUAUGCUGCGAAGUAUAAUUCUUCACAGGGCAAUAACUGCUUGGAUUGCUGAAUGACGUCUCAUUGUAUAGAGCACACUUAAUUGUAUAUUGUGACAUAUCUAACUCGAAAAUCGAAAGUCUUAAUAGAGAAGAGGGUAUGGAGUACUCAGGGACGCCGUAACAACGGGGGUAGAGGAGGAGAGCCUCCUCCCUACUUGUUGAAAUAUCUUACUCCCAAAUUCGAAAAGUUUUUGCUCUGAAACUGCGGUCAACAAUUAGCACUAUCUGGCAUAUGCUAAUAAACAUAACAGCAUGUGGAAACGAAGAGAAAAAACUUCUGAGCUCUGAUUUAAUGUUGUAUAAUGAGCCGUCGUUGAUUACUCUCUACGUUAAGUACUCUAUUUAAGAAUAAACCCCACUAUAUUUUCUUUUUUUUUCGUUUAGAAGAAAAUCUGCUACCACUCGCAUUUUGAAAGCUUUGGAUUCUUCUUCCUCUCUUUCACUAACUUGGCUCCCAAAUUCGACGCUAUAAACGCUUGACUCUUCGUAACAAAACGCCUUUGUCCACGGAGUUUGCUUCCAACGUCAAAGUUUGAGACUCAGGUUUUCAAUCAAUUCCUUCGAUCAUGACGUUGAAUCAGUACGUUUUAGUCUUAAAUUUAAGCAAAAGCUUUAGCGCAUGAAGUUUUAUGCAACUAAAACAUUUUGUAUGUCAAAAUUUGCGUAGUUUUAGACAACUUAAAUAUUUACACUUAAUUUUUGGAGAACUUUCGAUUUACUUUAUUUUUGAUGCCUUAUAGUCACACUACUAUCAGAUGAUUAAUUCUUUGUAUUUUGAAGGCUACAACUACGACAUGUACAAUAAUAGGGUUUGAUUUCAAAAUUUUGAAUGUCCUUUUUGAUGAGCCAGAAAUACAAGACUUUAAGACGAUCGACAAGAAUUUUCUUUUCUAAAGCUUGAAAACAGUCAUUUAUACUAGUUCCUUAUAUAUAUAGUUGUGUUCAAAAAUAUCUGCUCUGUAGAAUGACGCUUGAACUGGCUCUCUAACAUCAAUAGUAAAAAAGAUACAUCAAAAACAAAACUCACAGUUUAUUUUUCUCAUCUCGAUACGAAGCAAUGAUAUCGAUCUAAGCUCUCUUUUAACAUAUUUUGAAAUAAUUAUUCAUCCUAAAAUAAAGGAUAUUAAGUACAUAAAAGAUUAUUACACUCUUGAACUUAAACAAAUAUCGUUCUUUUUUAAAAAUGUAUUACAUUGUGUUGUAUUUUUUUUCAUUUUAGACUUAUAUAUGAGUUAUACGUUUAAAUUAUUUGCACCGCAAAAUAAAGCGGCAGCAUUACGUUUAAAAAAUGCAAAUUCUCGAAUGUUUGGAAUUGAUAUUGCCAUGAAAAAACAUCCAGAUGGAUUUUUUCGUAUAUCUGUUGAUUUAGCUGAUAGUAUUUAUCAUUAUCAAUUUAAAGUAGUAACAAAUAGUUGGUUUGAAGAAGCCCCAGAACCAGCUUUGCCUGUUUAUGAGCGUAUGUAA